AAGAGGAGAAACCAGUCGGACCAGUCCAGAUCAGGCAUGGCAGCACACAGGACAGGGACGACACUCGGGGAAAGUGUUGCCGUUGAUGCAUCGGAUGAAAGUUCAUUUCAGGAACACAGCAGCCAUAUUCCCAAGAGACAUGCCCGGGUCACGGUGAAAUACAACCGGAAGGAGCUGCAGAGGCGGCUUGAUGUGGAGAAGUGGAUCGAUGACAGCCUGGACGUGCUCUACGCUGGUCAGGAAGCAGAUAUGCCAGAAGAGGUGAAUAUUGAUGACCUAAUCGACCUACCAAACGAUACAGAACGCAUUAACAAGAUGCAGGAGCUUCUUCAAACCUGUAAUAAUGACACAGAGACUUUCAUCCGGGAGCUGGUGGAAAAGCUCGAUGGAGUCCACAAGCAGGAAGAACUCCAGAGUGAAGGCAUCGAGCAUCCGGUUAUUAGCCACAGCCACCAUCGCCAUGAACCUUACCACUUCAACAACCCGCACCACGUCCACCACUCCUCAGCCCCCCUGCCACACGGACAUACAUACACACCGUAGUUAACUUGUUGCACUUGUAACUUGUUGCCCCCAAUGUACAUCGUAUGUCGUACACCCUCAUUAAUCCUGGUUGAUCACCGGAAUAAUUAAUCUUAUUGCAUGACGUCACUUUUUGUUGAGCUUCUACACAUUUAUAUGAAAACAGCAUUGAAUUGCUAAU